AUGCGCCUGACACACUCUCUUCUCCUGAGCUUCUCGGUGCGGGCCAUCGCUCAGCCCGUCGUCAACGGCAUGCGCGCCAGGGCAGAUGACCCCAAGGCCACCUGGGCCGUCGUCAAUGUCGACGGUAGCAACGGUGAUGGCGACUGCGACGACUGCGAUUCGGCCACUGUCACCGUCACGAAGGCGCCGAAGCCUACAACCGUCACCUACCGCGUGACCGAUACUGUCGUCCGCGUCUCCUCGGUGCCCGUCAUCUCGAUCGUGCCUGUCGAAGGCAAGCCUGACAAAUCCCCGUGCCUCUGCCUGACCCUGCAUCGACCACCACCAUCUCCACCUCCACCUCCACGGCCGCCGCCGCCCUCCCAUCUGGGCGCCCGAGCCCGAGCUGCCUUCUUCGGCACCGGGCCUUCGCCCGUGUCUUCCUCGAUUGAGGUAUCCUCGGCCCUGCCCUCUGCCAAUGCCUCACAGCCAUCUGUGCCUGUGUGGUCAGCACCCAGCGCCGUGCCCUCAGAGUCUGUCAGCUCAGCGGAGUCCACGAGCUGGGCGCCGACGCCUACGACUCUCGUCACUCUCAUCUCAAGCAUCACGGAGGCUCCUGUGCCGGAGUCGACAACUCACACUCCCGACGAUGGGCUCUGGUACAGCGCCAAGUACCCACCGCACCACAAUGGCACCGAGGGUCGCUUCUGGAAGUAA